AGGCGUAGGCGGGCUUCUUGCGCGACGAAACAUCAAAAUAUAAAGCCCGCCGCUCCAACUCCAAAUGGCCUUAUGUGCUUCGUUCACACUCGCAGAGAACAACUACAACGCUCGGACGUCGCGGCCUCGCGGGAGAAAGAAUUGAUGAAGGGAGUUUUCACUCCUGAGAUCUGAGGUGCCUCUUUUGCUGUUUGAUGCGAGCAGAAAUGAUGGGUAAAUCCUCAUCGUCACUUUCUGCUCGAUUCGCUCUCCUUGCGCUUGUUUCGGCUUCGACCUUCUACUGCAUUUGGAAGUACCGUCGCCUCAGAAGCCAGAGGCUUUCAUCUCGGAGUCGUAAUCCAAACCUUGAUAUAUCGUGCCGCAGGGGAAAGCUCUUCUUCGUUUCUCAGACUGGAACCUCUAAAACCCUAGCUCAUCGUCUCUUUGAUAUACUCAACUCGAACAGCAUCCCAUUCGACCUUGUCGAUCCGAAAGAUUACGAGCCUGAAGAUCUCUCGAAGGAAACCCUAGUUUUAAUCGUCGCCUCAACUUGGGAAGAUGGAAAGCCUCCUCCCAACUCCAACUUUCUUGCGAAUUGGCUUGCCGAGAGCGUCGACGAUUUCAGAGUCGGAUCAUUGCUGUUCUCUGACUGUAAGUUUGCGGUGUUCGGAGUUGGAAGCCAAUCAUAUGGUGAGACUUUUAAUGCUGUUGCAAAGGAUUUCUCGAAGCGAAUGAGAGCGCUUGGAGCCUCGGAGGUUUUACCUGUGUGCGAAGGUGAUGUUGACGCAGGAGAUCUGGACGCUGUUUUUGGUGCUUGGAGUUGGAAGUUGGUAAGAGUGUUGAAGGGGGGUUUGUUGGAGAAUGGAAAACCUCCAGGCACUGCAUUAUUUACAGAAAGUGAGGUGGAGAGUGUCGACGAUUCCGAAGAUGAUUAUAUUGAAGAGAAUGGUCCAGAAUCUGUUAUCGUUGAUCUGGAGGACAUUGCUGGUAAAGCUCCUCCAAGAAAAUCCUCAACAUCGGCCGUGACCAAUGGAGAGGUAAAUGGCAAAAAGGAAAUGGUCACUCCAGUGAUUAGAAUGAGCUUAGAGAAGCAGGGAUAUAAAAUUAUAGGUUCACAUAGUGGUGUUAAGAUUUGUAGAUGGACCAAGUCACAACUUCGUGGUCGCGGAGGUUGCUACAAGCAUUCAUUUUAUGGCAUAGAGAGUCAUAGGUGCAUGGAGGCAACCCCCAGUUUGGCUUGUGCCAAUAAAUGUGUUUUCUGUUGGAGGCAUCACACAAAUCCUGUUGGGAAGAGCUGGCAGUGGAAAAUGGAUGAUCCUCUGGAGAUUAUAAAUGGUGCCAUAGAUCAGCAUACCAAAAUGAUAAAGCAAAUGAAAGGAGUCCCUGGAGUAACAUUGGAACGCCUAUCAGAAGGGCUCUUGCCUAAGCAUUGUGCCUUGUCACUUGUUGGUGAACCAAUCAUGUACCCAGAGAUAAACAUUCUUGUAGAUGAACUUCACAGGAGACGGAUUUCUACCUUUCUUGUAACAAAUGCUCAGUUUCCUGAGAGGAUUAGGAUGCUGAAACCUGUCACUCAGCUAUAUGUAAGUGUAGAUGCUGCCACAAAGGACAGUUUGAAGGCAAUUGAUAGGCCACUCUUUGGGGACUUUUGGGAGCGUUUCAUUGAUUCACUGAAAGCUCUCCAAGAGAAGGAACAGAGAACUGUUUUCCGUUUGACAUUGGUUAAAGGUUGGAACAUAGAAGAUAUAGAUGCUUACUCAAAGUUAAUCAACAUUGGGAAACCCGAUUUUAUUGAAAUAAAGGGUGUAACCUACUGUGGCUCGUCUGCCACAUCAAAGUUGACAAUGGAGAAUGUUCCUUGGCAUACUGAUGUAAAAGCCUUCUCAGAGGCCUUAGCUUCAAAGAGUAAUGGGGAGUAUGAAGUUGCCUGUGAACAUGUCCACUCCUGCUGUGUUCUUUUGGCAAAGGUUGAAAAGUUUAAGAUCAAUGGCCAAUGGUUCACAUGGAUAGAUUAUGAGAAGUUCCAUGAUUUGGUAGCUUCAGAAAAGCCAUUUAGCAGCAACGACUAUGUUGCUGCAACACCAUCCUGGGCUCUCUAUGGCGCAGAGGAUGGGGGUUUUGAUCCCGAUCAAUCUCGGCACAGGAAGGAGCGACACCACAGACCAAGCCACUGACAUCUUUGGCAAGAGAUUGUCUUCUUGUACUUUGUAUCACACUGAUACUUGAAUGAAUAGUACUGUACAAAAAGGUCAUACCCCGUUGAUUGGAAACGUUGUAAACAUGUCAUUGAGGUUUCUUAGUUUAUGGUGAUAAUUUUCUUGGCCAGAGUUUCAUUUUUCCAUGCUUUUAAGUUUACAGGCUUUUCCAUAACUGUAGAAUGAUUUACACCUUGAUGCUCGGGUCUUGGACUCCAAAUUGGUGUUGGUUAAAUGUGAGAAGUAAGAUCAGCCUAUUUGAUAGCCUUGCGCAUGCUGCAAUUUCUAGUAGAAGAUGUACCUGCCAAUCAGUGGGGUCGAGCUACUCCCCCGUGUUUUGUAGCUCAUCCUGGUUUUUCACCAAAAAAAAAAAAAAAACUCCACGUUUCCAUUAAUCAAACCAAGGCAUCAAAUUGAUGAAGGUGGAAGGAGCUGGCUGACGGGACAAUGGCUCACCAAAAGGGCAAAAAAAAGUUGGAAGUUUUCACUUAAAGGGCUAUGGACAUGUGAUGGUAUGUACUCAAUUACUCUUCUUUUUGUCAAGUUUAAGUAGUUUCUUAUUGGUUGUC